CAUUUCAAUCAAAAUUACUGUUGUGUUGUUUUAUUUAUUUGUUAAAUUUCUGUUAUUAUAAUUUAUUUUUAUCAAAAUGCAAGCAACCGAAUUUGAUAUUAAAAAUGCUUAUUUGCAUCAUCGUUUGCGUGUUAGGUGUGCCAAGGCCAUAAUCGAUCAUCAUCCACCUCUGUUGCAUGCUGGAAAUUUUAGUCGAUUUUCCAAAAUGAAAGAAGACGUUCAGACAUUAAUGGCUCGUAACAAGCAGAAUACCCAAUUGUUGAUCGCCCUGAAUAGAGUGGUUCGCACUAAAGGCGAAAUCGAUACAUUUCGAACGGCAGACAAUUCAUUUGCACCAAACUACUGCAAGCUGCCACAGAAAUAUCGUCUGUUGCAGCAAUUGGAUUUUGAAAAUGUUAGAAUAGGCAAAAAGAUCAUGUGUGCCAAACCCGAACUAGACACCUGGUUAAGUGAAAAAUUCAAAAGAAAAGUAAUCCAACAGAAGCCAACGCCAUUUAAAUAUCCCGCCUUAGUAAUGAGCAAGUAUUCCAACAUAGAAAUACCCGAAAAUCCGUUACAACUUGAGAAAUUUCUAAGACCUAAAAUAUGGUUUAAUUUGGAAGUGAAAGAUGUGCGUCCUUUGGGUCGCAUUAUCAUGGAACUCUAUACAGAGGCAGCUCCCCAAGUAGUAAUGGAAUUUGUACGCUUAUGCUUUGCUAAACAAAAAGAACGUAUCAAUUUUAUACGUUUAUUUCCACGUCUCUGGCUGGAAGGUGAAAUAUCACUGGAUGAAAGUACGCUGAUCAAGAAAAAUAUUGAGUAUGAUAAACGAUCUUUGGAUCAUGGCCAAUUUGUUGGAGUGUUAUCGUUCAAUGUAAGAAAUGUUAAAUGUUCUCAAAAAGCUAUGCUUAAUUUUACAUUAAGCUUUAAACCAUUGCGUGUGUGUAAUGGUCGUCGUGUAGGGUUUGGUCAUGUUUGUAGAGGCUUUAAAGUUUUAAGUUGUAUCGAAGAUUUUGGCACUAAAAAUGGUAAACCAUCUAAAGAAAUUGUGGUGUCUAAUUGUGGAAUUUUUGUGUAAAUUAAAAAAUAAUAAUAAAGUUUAUAAUCU